UCUGGAACCAUUUUUCAACAAUAAAACUAAACCCUAAUUGUAAAACCCAUUUCGUUUCUCUCUGGGUCUUGCCUCUUUUCCUUAUCCAAACAAAGCUUUAGAAAAAAUGGCAACUUCUAAUGCUAUCUCCACUGCUUCCAUUUUCUGCUCUCCCAAACAGGGAAGUUUGAGAAGGAGAGUGAACCAGCAGCAGAAUCAGAAGAUGAAUUAUGGACAGAGCUCUAGAAGAUUUGCAGUGAGAGCUAAUGCUAAAGAUAUUGCAUUUGACCAGAAGUCCAGAGCUGCACUUCAGGCUGGCAUUGAUAAGCUUGCUGAUGCUGUUGGCCUUACUCUUGGCCCAAGGGGGAGAAAUGUUGUUUUGGAUGAGUUUGGAAGUCCUAAGGUGGUCAACGAUGGAGUAACAAUUGCCCGAGCUAUUGAGUUGCCCGAUCCCAUGGAGAAUGCUGGUGCAGCUCUGAUAAGAGAGGUGGCUAGUAAAACUAAUGACUCUGCCGGUGAUGGAACAACAACUGCAUCAAUCCUUGCCAGGGAAAUAAUCAAACUAGGACUUUUAAGUGUCACCUCUGGCGGCAACCCAGUCUCAAUUAAAAAAGGGAUUGAUAAAACUGUUCAGGGUUUGAUAGAAGAACUAGAAAACAAGGCUAGGCCUGUUAAAGGUCGUGAUGACAUCCAAGCUGUUGCUACCAUUUCUGCUGGAAAUGAUGAGCUUAUCGGCAUAAUGAUUGCUGAUGCAAUUGACAAGGUGGGGCCUGAUGGUGUUUUGUCAAUUGAGUCAUCAUCUUCAUUUGAGACAACAGUGGAAGUUGAAGAAGGAACAAUGAUAGACAGAGGCUACAUCUCUCCCCAAUUUGUUACAAAUCCCGAGAAGUUAAUUUGUGAAUUUGAGAAUGCAAGAGUGUUGGUGACCGAUCAAAAAAUUACAGCGAUAAAGGACAUAAUUCCUCUGCUGGAGAAGACCAGUCAAUUGAGAGCACCUUUGCUUAUAGUUGCUGAGGAUGUUACUGGGGAGGCUCUGGCUACGCUUGUUGUGAACAAGUUGCGAGGUAUUUUAAAUGUUGCAGCUAUCAAAGCCCCAGGAUUUGGUGAGCGGAGAAAAGCAUUGCUUCAGGAUAUUGCUAUCUUGACGGGAGCUGAGUUCCAAGCCAGUGAUCUGGGUUUACUCAUCGAAAACACACAAGUUGAACAACUCGGUAUUGCAAGGAAAGUGACCAUUACCAAGGAUUCCACAACCCUUAUUGCAGAUGCUGCAUCCAAGGAUGAGUUACAAGCUAGGGUUGCUCAACUGAAAAAGGAGUUGUCUGAGACAGAUUCUAUUUAUGACUCAGAAAAAUUGGCUGAAAGAAUUGCCAAAUUAUCCGGUGGGGUUGCUGUAAUCAAAGUAGGAGCUGCAACAGAGACUGAGCUUGAAGACCGUAAACUUCGAAUUGAGGAUGCCAAGAAUGCUACAUUUGCUGCAAUAGAGGAAGGUAUUGUUCCCGGUGGUGGUGCUGCAUUGGUUCAUCUCUCGACAUAUGUUCCUGCCAUCAAGGAAACGAUUGAAGAUGCUGAUGAGCGGUUAGGUGCUGAUAUUGUCCAAAAGGCAUUGGUAGCACCAGCAUCGUUGAUAGCUCAAAACGCUGGAAUUGAAGGCGAGGUAGUUGUGGAGAAGGUAAGGGCUCGCGAGUGGGAGAUUGGUUACAACGCCAUGACCGACAAAUACGAAAACUUAGUGGAGGCAGGCGUUAUUGACCCAGCGAAGGUGACUAGAUGCGCCUUGCAGAAUGCUGCAUCAGUUGCGGGAAUGGUCCUAACCACUCAAGCCAUUGUGGUUGAAAAACCUAAGCCAAAGGCACCUGCCGCUGCUCCUCCACAGGGUCUUAUGGUGUAAUUUACUAGGAAAUUCUUAGAACUAGUUAGAUUCUUGAGAGAUGAGUUUGGUUUUGUUUCGAGGAGCUACGAAUUGUCAGUCCGGGAUCUCCGUGUAUCUUUAACUAUGCUUAUCAUUUGAUCAAUAGCUUCAAGUUUGUCGGAACUGGAGGUUGUAUACAGAUUAGACUGGAGUCGAGGGAUUUUACGACAUUGUGAUCUGAUUGAUGCUGUACAAGGGAUAAUCAUUCUGUACCUUCUUUACUCUUUUGCUGUCAUGAAUAAAACGUUAUAUCAAAAUAUUCAAACUUUCUUCUGUGUAAA